GGUAAAUUACUCCCUAUAGCUGGUUUAGUUGCUGCUUGGAGAGAUAAACGGCUGCCACUAUGUUAUGCUUUUGUAGAGGACGUCGUGAUUUCGAGGAUAAUUUUCCUCACCAUAACUGGCUGAUCUCCAUUUUUGUACUCCUUACUGUUGGCUAUGUUGGUCACAUAAUGUUUACACCUUCUAUCUAUCAGUUUGUCACCACAGACCGGUCUCCUUCAAGUGAUGAUAAUGAAGAGAACUCUGAUCAUUUUUGGCCUGGAUUGGGUGGAACUGACAGAGAUUAUGCUUGGACAUUGAUAUCAUUCUCUCUUUUUGAAGCUGGCACCCUUCCACUGGCGACGGCCAUGAUGGACGUUGUCCCUUACACUGUGUUGAUUCUAAUAAUGCUGUUUCUCUAUGGGGUCAGUGGAGCUGUGUAUGCUACUGCUACAGAUGUAUGGAUGGUGAUUUUGGCACGUUGUUUGAUGGGAUGUGCUUCUUUGCUUUUGUCAUCAAUUGUAUACACAUAUAUUGGGGAGAUGGGUACUACAAUGGAUAGAGCAAGAAACAAAAAGGGAAAGCUACCAAGAAAGAAUCUGCUGUAUCUCCUGGCUAUAUUAGGAGCAACAUUUGCAAAUGCUCUUUUAUUAGGAAUUUAUGCUGCUAUUUCAAGAAUACCAUCUGUGAAUCCAUAUCGAUGGCCAGGGUGGUUUCUGGCAGCCCUGGCCCUAUCCUCAGCCGUGGUAGUGGUGCUCUUCUUCACUGAGCCUCGGCCAUGGACUUGCCACUGGAACAACAAGAGCAAAUGCGUCCCUUGUGGUCUUGGCCUGUCUGUCAAACUGAGAAGCAAAAAGAAGAGACAGCUUACAGUUCGCAUAUUUAUCAUGGCAUGUGGUUACGUCGGUGGGGAAGUACAGGCAGUCAUUUUUACAUUGGUCACACCUGUUCUGAGUCACCAGUUUGGAUUCGAUGUUGCCAACACCUCAUUGUUCCUCUUGGCAGUGCCAGUGGCUUACCUGGGCGUAGCAAUCUUGGUGUAAGUCUCUAUGUGCUUUUCUUUCUUUCCUUAAAUUCACUGAUGCAGAGUAAUAGCUGAGAGAGUGUUAAAACGGAACAACAGGUUGAUGGUUGGACUGUCACUGAUUAUUUCACUAGUCGGAUGUGUUCUGAUUGGUGAUUGGCAGACUAUUGAUGGUGACCCUUGUUCCUUUCAAACAAUGAAUGAUACAGCUUCUCUUGGCAGUGCUACUGGUCUUGAUGACAUCAAUGCCAAUCUGACUGGGUUUCAGCUCAGUGUGGCAGACUGUGAGGCUCAAAGUACCUCCAGUCACCAGUGUUUCUGGAACCCUCAGUCUCGUGUCACUGGAGACUACUGCAGUACCUGUCUGCCUGCUUGUCUCAGCCAGCAGACAUCUCUCAACUUCUACCAAUUCAGUGCUGGUGUGUUUUUGACUGCACUGGGGUCUUUACUUGGGUAUAUCUUUGUCAAUGCACUAAAUUCAGAUGUUACGCCAGUGAAACACCAGGUAAAGCUACACUGCAGGCAGAUGUAUUACCAAUAUGCUAGGCAAUAUUGAUCCUUUGCAGGGAAGAGCGUCUACACUUUUGGUGGCAUGUGGUGCUUUGAGUCGUGCAAUAACUCCCUUUUGGUGUAAGUGAACAUGUAAUUCAUUCUCUACUGUUACAUGACAUGUACCCCUCCCCUUUCCUUCACACAGACAUGUCUCUAUGCUUUCUGCAUGCAGUUUCUAGUUGGUAAUGGGUGAUUUUUUUCAACAGGUAUGAUGAUGAAGUUGCUCUCAGAAGACCUUGUGUGGAAAUCAGGAUCUCUGAUUGAACAAUUAACCUUUUACCAACCAAUUAGGCCUAGUGGCUUGAAGUUGUAGCUACGUAGUCCUCACGUGUUGUCAGUAUGUGAAUGAGGUUGGUGAAAGGUUACUUGGUGGGAUAGGCCUUUUCUGUCGAGCUAUAUUCCAUGCAGAUGCACGACAGUGCAUUAGUCCCGCUCAGCUUUUCUAUAACUAGCUAGCUAUUUUCCAUUGGUCCAUCCCUACAUUUAUUGUAUACCAUAAUUAUGUAAACUGUUACAAAGUAGCUUUAAUAAACUUGUAAAUAUACACUCACAGCUUUGACACACACACACACACACUGCAUUUUUGCACUUAUAUUUUUCUGUUUGAAUAAUAUCUUAUAGUUGUUGAAAGCUACGACUGGAUUGGUAAGCAUACUUAUUUCCCAAUGGCUAUCACCAUUGGUUCCAUUCUCAUACCGUUUGUGGCUCUCAUUGCUCUCUAUAAUAAACUGGCUCCGAGGCCAAUUUAUGAUGAAAUUAGAGCAACUAACUUUUCCAGUAAUCUUGAUUUAGAGCAGGAGGCAUCAGCUGGUAUGAAUAAUUAUUAUUAUGUAACUUGUCAUAAUUUUAUCGUUUUACUUCAGAUCCAGAGCCUGAGAAUGAACACGUGACCCCUCCCUGUGAUAACCUGUCAGAGUAACUUUGAUGAUAAAGCAUGUACUUGUGCCGUGUCACUACUGUUGUAAUACGAAUAAUGUUUGCUAUACCAAACACUCAAUAAACAUCGUAAACCUGAA